AUGCUGAGCUGCCGGGCUGAGGCGGCGAUGACCGCGGCCGACAGGGCCAUCCAGCGCUUCCUGCGGACCGGGGCGGCCGUCAGAUAUAAACUCAUGAAGAACUGGGGUGUUAUAGGUGGAAUUGCCGCUGCGCUAGCAGCAGGAAUAUAUGUUAUUUGGGGUCCCAUUACAGAAAGAAAGAAGCGUAGAAAAGGGCUUGUGCCUGGCCUUGUCAACCUGGGGAACACCUGCUUCAUGAACUCCCUGCUGCAAGGCCUGUCUGCCUGCCCCACCUUCAUCAAGUGGCUGGAAGAAUUCACCACCCAGUACACCAGGGGUCAGGAGGAGUCCCCCCGACACCAGCGCUUGUCCUUGACACUGUUGCAUCUCUUGAAAGCUUUAUCCUGCCAAGAAGUCACUGAUGAAGAGGUCUUGGAUGCAAGCUGCUUGUUGGACGUCUUAAGAAUGUACAGAUGGCAGAUCUCUUCGUUUGAAGAGCAGGACGCUCAUGAGUUAUUCCAUGUCAUUACCUCGUCUUUGGAGGAUGAGCGGGACCACCAGCCCCGGGUCACACAUCUGUUUGACGUGCAUUCCCUAGAGCAGCAGUCAGAAAUGACUCCCAGACAGAUCACCUGCCACACCAGAGGGUCACCUCAUCCCACAUCCAGCCACUGGAAGUCCCAGCAUCCUUUUCAUGGAAGACUUACUAGUAACAUGGUCUGCAAACACUGUGAGCACCAGAGUCCCGUUCGAUUUGAUACCUUCGAUAGCCUUUCACUAAGUAUUCCAGCUGCCACAUGGGGUCAUCCACUGACCCUGGACCACUGCCUUCACCACUUCAUCUCGUCAGAAUCCGUGCGGGAUGUCGUAUGUGACAACUGUACAAAGAUUGAAGCGAAAGGGACGCUGAAUGGGGAGAAGGUGGAACACCAGAGGACCACAUUUGUCAAACAGUUAAAACUAGGGAAGCUCCCCCAGUGUCUGUGCAUCCACCUCCAGCGGCUGAGCUGGUCCAGCCACGGCACACCCCUGAAGCGGCACGAGCACGUGCAGUUCAACGAGUUCCUGAUGAUGGACAUCUACAAGUAUCACCUCCUCGGACACAAACCCGUUCACCACAGCCCUGAGCUGCACAAGAAGGCAGGGCCUGCGCUGGAGCUGCAGGACGGGCCAGCAGUCCCCAAGCCAGUUCGGAGUCACCCGGGGGGCCCCAAAACACAGAUUUUCAUGAACGGCGCCUGCUCCCCAUCUUUCUUGCCCACGCUGCCAACCCCGAUGCCCUUCCCCCUCCCAGCUGUUCCUGACUACAGCUCCUCCACGUACCUCUUCCAGCUGGUGGCAGUUGUUGUCCACCACGGAGACAUGCACUCGGGACACUUCGUGACCUACCGACGGUCCCCGCCUUCAGCCAAGAACCCUCUCUCCACCAGCAACCAGUGGCUGUGGAUUUCUGACGACACUGUCCGCAAGGCCAGCCUGCAGGAGGUGCUGUCCUCCAGCGCCUACCUGCUGUUUUACGAGCGUGUUCUUUCCAAGAUGCAGCACCAGAGUCAGGAGUGCAAGUCUGAAGAAUGACUCUGCCCUGGCCCCGAAGCUAGAGCUGAUGGCUCCGUCCAAGCUGUGUGCGUGUGCGUGUGUGUGUGCUGUGGUGUAUAUGUGCAAGCAGCCCCACUAGAGUCCUGCAGCCUUCUGGCGUGUUCUAAGAGCAGGCUCCACACAGGAGCUGGUGGCCCCGAUUCAAAUGAGGUCAGGCUCCCCGCACAGCUCUGCCCGUGCGCACCAGGGCAGCGGUGCCGGGCUAGGAAAAGUCAUUGUGUCUAGAGCGUGUCUUGUCACUCACCUGAUCCAGGUAAUUAAAAGAAACCAGACUCCAGAAGGCACCUCUUUUAGAUUCUGAUACAUUAGGUGUUCUCAGAGGGGAGUUAACUUUGUCUGAUCCUCCAGUGUUUCAGCAUAGAUCUUUUAUUUUUAAUAAGCAGUCCCAUAAAAAUGGUUGAAUUAGUGAAAUUACUAAAGGCAACAACUUCGAAG